AUGAGCAAUUCAUCGCAGUCAACAUCUCCCAAGAAGGUUCGAUUCCAACAUCCAGAAAUCAACUGGUUAACAUCCAACAAAUCGUCACUUUAUGGUAAACCCUACAAGAUACUUGUAACCCUUAACUACAUAUGUCUCUUCGUUGGUUCCGUUUCUUCGUCACUUCUCUUGAAAUUUUACUUCAACCAUAAAGGAUCCAAUCUAUGGCUCUCCACCUGGGUCCAAUCCGCCGGUUUCCCCCUUCUCCUCCUCCCCAUAUACCUCCCUUACCACCUCCAUUGUUUCCGGCCAAAAGAAGCUAAUAAACGAAGAAAACCCUUCUCCAGUUUUGACAUCAAACUCUUGAGUUUAUCGUUUGGAGUGGGGUUGAUGUUGGGGGUCAGUAACCUUUGCUUUUCAUGGGGGAGUUCAUAUCUUCCCCUUUCUACUUGGUCACUUGUUUUGUCUUCCCAACUCGCCUUCACCCUCCUCCUUUCGAUCCUCAUUGUCAAGCAAAAGAUUACGUUUUUGAAUGUUAAUUGUGUCAUUCUUCUGACGUUGGGUUGUGUGCUUUUGGCCAUGAAUUCCAGUGGUGAUCGGCCGGAAGGAUUGACAAGAGAAAAAUACCUCAUCGGAUUCUUAACCACAGUCUGUGCAGGUCUCUUGUUCGCGCUCUACCUUCCGCUGAUGGAAAAGAUUUACCGGAAGGUGGAUUGUUACGCAAUGGUGAUGGAAAUGCAGUUUUUGAUGGAGUUGACUGCAACCGCACUUGCCACGGCGGGAAUGGCGGUGGCCGGAGGUUUUAAAGAGAUGAGACACGAGAGCGAUGAGGUGUUCGAUCUGGGACCCACCAGGUAUUGGUUGACAGUGGGAUUCAACGUUGUGACGUGGCAGCUGAGUUUUAUGGGUGCGGCGGGGAUGGUGUUUCUGACGACGUCGUUGACGGGAGGGAUAUGCAUGACGGCGUUGAUGGCGAUGAAUGUUUUGGGUGGGGUGGUGGUUUACGGCGAUGAUUUUAAGGGGCCAAAGGUGGUGUCGACGGUGCUGUGUUUAUGGGGGUUUUGUUCGUAUGUGUAUGGGAUGUAUGUGAAGAUGAAAGACGACAACAAUGGAGGUGAUCGGGAUGAUGAAAACCAAGCAGCAGCAGCAGCAACAAUUGAUGGAGUUUUCUGA